UGUCAGUGGCCUCGACAAGUGGAGGAGGGACCAGCGAGAGGCCGCUCCGCCCGACUCUGAAGCUGGCAAUACUACCGCUGCUACGCGCAGCGAUUAAUACGCGCCCACGCCGAUCUCCCCAUUCGACGUCCCUCGCGUCCGUCAGAACACGCGAGCGACCAUGGCGGCACGUCGAGCUCUCCGGAGCUGCGCCUCCCGCUCCUUCCGACCCUCCACACAGUUCACCGCCGCCCACACAUGCCGCCGGACCUUCUCCGGGAGCGCCGUACGAGGCGGCCCAGAGCCCAGGGCCGGCGCCACGACGCCCACGGGUAACCGCGAGACGCACUUUGGCUACGAGACGGUCACCGAGGCCGAGAAGCAGCAGCGCGUCGCAGGCGUCUUCAGCAGCGUCGCUGAGUCAUACGACCGCAUGAAUGACUUUAUGUCGCUGGGCAUCCAUCGGCUAUGGAAGGACCACUUCGUCUCCUCACUCAACCCCGGCGCAACCAAUCCCCCCGGUCGCCCGCAGCGCAUCCUCGACGUAGCCGGCGGCACCGGCGACAUCGCCUUCCGCAUGCUCCAGCGCGCCCACGAGUACAAUGCCAACCGCAACGUGCAUGUCACAAUCUCCGACAUCAACCCUUCCAUGCUGGCCGUCGGCCGCCAGCGCUCCCUCAAGCUUCCCGCCUCCCACCAGUCAUCUCUCUCCUUUCUCGAGGCCAACGCCGAGGUCCUGCCCCCCGCCAUCCAGGACAACUCACUAGACCUAUACACCGUGGCCUUCGGCAUCCGCAACUUCUCCAACAUCCCCGCCGCUCUGCGCGAGGCACACCGCGUCUUGAAACCGGGCGGCGUCUUCGCUUGCCUCGAAUUCUCAAAAGUCGACAAGUACCCCAUCUUCAACGCCAUUUACAAGCAGUGGUCGUUCAGCGCCAUCCCCCUCAUUGGUCAACUCGUCGCCGCCGACCGCGACAGCUACCAGUACCUAGUAGAGAGCAUCGAACGCUUCCCCAGUCAGGAGAAUUUCAGGGAUAUGAUCAAGGAGGCCGGCUUUGAUGUGGCCGGCAAGGGCUACGAGGACCUUACAGGGGGUAUUGCCGCCAUUCAUCGAGGGAUCAAGCCCGUAUGAGAGAGAUGCAGAGGGCGGCACCCUUGAGGUGCUUCAUGGCAAUGUACGAGUAGUGUAUGUGAAUGUAAAAACUUAGAAGGCCUUCAUAAUGCGACAAGAGAGCUGCACAACGCGAUGACUGGCACGAUGACCAGUUGGCAACACGGACGAUCAGAUGCCGCUCCUCUCGCAUUCCAAAGCCUCUAGCUAGCGUUGCCACGACUCAACUCCAUACAAAUCAAAUGAUAAGGCCGG